AGUAGACGGCGCUUUAAAACAAGUCUUGAGGAGGGAACAUGAAGGCACUUGCAGGUGGACUUGAAUUGUAGUCGAGGACAGCAGCUGCUAAGUUCACAUGGGAAGUAGCUGUGGUUAAAUUGCAUCGCUGAGGCGUUGCAGGAUGAAAAGUGGCUGUGUUCGCCAUGACUCUGAGAUCCACACUGUUUCCACACACGGGAUUCAAGCAGCACGCUAACGCCAUCGACUUUGACAAAACGCAUAUCGGCGUGGCCACCGUGAGUCCUGUAAGCGUAAAGAGGGAGUCCUGCGACUUUGUUAUAGAUGUUCAAGACGUGCAAGGGGGCGAGAUCCCAAGCAGAUCAAAGGACUUAGAGCAGAAUUACAUGACAAGCAAAGUUGCACUCGCUGCUACAGUUGCCGAAGUAGUUCAAGGAGACAAUAAAACUGUGGGGAUAUUGUCCCCUGUCAGACCAAUGGGGGGUGAGGGAACCCCGGUGAAAGGUAAACCCCUCUCUGUUGACAAUAUGGAUAAUCCUCAGAUGGCUGUGAACAAUAACCCAAAGGAUGCCGGUGCUGAUGACAGUGCGAAGGGGGUCGUCCCUGGAGUCCUUGGCACAGCAUCCAUUGAACUUUCCUCUGAGGGCAAGUGGAGGAACAUCAGGAAGACCCCUGCCAAUCCCCACACACAAGCCAACUGCCUCCGGCAGAUUCUCCUCCUACAACUGGACCUCAUUGAACAACAGCAACAACAGCUGCAGUCUAAGGACAAAGAGAUAGAUGAGCUCAAAGCAGACAAAGAGACACUGCUUGCACGUAUUGAGCGCAUGGAGCGCCGCCUGCAGCUUACAAGGAAAGAUCCACCACGUGACAAGCGCCUUUUCCAGCCCCUGGAGCCUUGGACCCCUGACAAAGAGGACAUGUGGGACCUGGACAUUGAGGAGAGUCCACAGCCCAACACAGCCACUCCACUGCCCUUUAGUCGGGGUGGCAAAGGUCAAAAAAGGAAAUCUUGCUUUGGAGAUUCAAAAGUUCAAAAAUCUCGGGGCAAAAGCGCCAAACUUAGCCCCCAAAAGCCUGAAAUUCAGCCAGGCUCUCCCAAUCAAAGAGAGCUGCGCAGUAAGGAAACCCCAGAGAAGACUGUUCCUGUGCGAUCAGGGGCAGAGAAGGACAUUUUGCUCCCAUGCAAAGAGGAGCCUGAGCUGAGCUGUCAGAUGGAAGAUCUGCCCUUCAUGUCUACCACAGAGAUGUAUCUCUGUUGCUGGAACCAACCUCCUCUGUCCCCUCUGCGUGAGACUUCCCCUAAAAAGGAGGAAGAGGUGGCCAGUGAGUGGACUCCUCAUGUAGUACAUGAUAUGCUGAUUGUUUUUCCUUCUUGGAGAGAAAAUCACAUAGAGCCCUUGGAUGAAGACCCCUCCUUCAACCCUCCUGAGCCGCUGGACGACGGAGUGUUUUUGAAACGUCACAUGAAGCUCGAGUUGGAUGAAAAGAGGAGGAAAAGAUGGGACAUCCAGCGUAUCAGAGAGCAGCGCAUGUUCCAGCGUUUGCAGCAGCGCAUGAACAGAAAGAAAGUGGUCCAAGAGACUGAGCCAGAGCUGUCGUCCUUCUAUCCCGACACCGAAGAUGUUGAAACUAUAGUGAUCACGCCCUUCUUGCCUGUGGUUGCAUUUGGCCGGCCGCUGCCCAAACUCACACAACAGAACUUCGAGCUGCCUUGGCUGGACGACCGAAGCCGAUGCCGCAUCGAGGUGCCCAAGAAACACACGCCUCACCGGACCUGCCGGAAGUGAAACCUACGCGGCGUCAAACAGCGGAGAGAUGCUGCUCCACCCCCAGACGCUACAUUUGUCUGUGUGUCUGGGGGUGGGGAGGGAUAAAUCAUUAGUCGCUGUGUAUAACUGCUGCUGCUUUCAGUCUGUGGGAGAGCAAAUGACUCUCCAGCCUCAACACGUCACCACAGACCAGCUGAUCUCCUGCAGAAUAUUGGCUUUGGGUGUCCUUGAUAUUUCUGGUCUCUGUGCACCUCUGAAAGGGAGACUUAAAGCUGCAAGAUUACAGUCCUCAUGUUAGCAGCUGUCGACGAUUACCGCAGAGUUAUAUGCAUGUUCUGUAACAUGUCUGAGAUUCAUUUUGUUGGAGCCGUGCCAUGCGAAAACACAAGUGGAGUUCCUGUCGCUUUUUUUAUGCAUAGUGGUCCAACAGGAAAAACUGGGGACUCUAAUCUUGAGAGCACUUCAUCUUGAGUUGCGUUUCCACCCAAAGUAACCCGAACCUUAAGUCUGUAGAAUUUCUUUUCAAGGAGUUAAAGGCGUCCUUUACACCGCGGUCUAAAUACCCUGGAAGAUUUGGCGAAUUAGGCAAACGUAUAGAAAACGCAGCGGCUGUUUUUACAUAUCAUUUUUGUGCACGACUGUACCGUAAAUUGUUGUCGCUCCAUCCGUCAUACGCUUUCUUCUGCAAGUUCAUGUGUCGAAGCACAAUGAACAACAUACAGCUACAGAUCUUUAGAAAAGGGCGGCUGAAAUGAGACGCUGCAAGUUCUCGACCAGUCAUGAAUGUUCAGCACUUGUAAGCCCAACCCACGAAUUUUUGUAAUUUGACGUUGAAUCUAAUUUUCGUGCGGUGAAAAAGGCACCAAAAAUGUUCCUAUUUUCCGUGGUGGAAACGCAGCUUUAUUUUGCCAUUUUGACUGAAAGUAGAGCUUAAACUGUUCAUCAUUGAGCAAUACAGCUUCAUCCUUUUGCUCUGGGUAGUUUUACCGCAAUCAUUCUCCCUGCCUAAGUGGAAAAAAAACGUCAAAAUCCGACUGUAUCGUGCUGUGUAUUGCCUAUAUCGUUGUUCGCACACAACUUCAAUAAGAUUUUAUCAAUGUUCAGUGUGAUAUUGGGAGUUUUGAGCCAGCAUGAUUUCAUAUAUUCUAAAAGAAAAAGUACUUGCAGUUUUUGAGCCAAUCCAGUGUAAGGAGGGAAAAAAUUAAGCAACCAAAUGGUUGUUCGUUGUCGUCCGAGGGUUUGUUUCAUGGAAAUUAAAGGCACGGAAAAUUAGACGGGUGGUAAACUUGGCGUGAAACCCAGUGAUCUGUUCCCUGUUUUGUUUCUAUUAGUUCCUUUUCUUUUAUAUGUGAGUUGCAUGGACUCUAUUUAGCUGUUUAAAAAAUAAGAAGAUGAUAGCAUGGCUUCACCCCAGAAUGGAGAUAAUCUCUGCUCAUUGGACAACAAAAUAUAGUUCUUGAAAGCAUGAUUUUUGGCUGCUGUAUUCAGCGACAGCCCGAACAGCCUCAUCAUAAUCUGAUAACAGUUCUGAUCUUGAUUUUCGUGUUUCCAAUCUUAACAAUACGCUUACAUCCAGUAAAUAUAAAUCAAGUUAUGUGUAUGCAUUUGGUCUCUCGAGUUCAAGACGUUCAAGGGAGCCGUUUUAGACGAUAAAUAAGCUUUCUAGCUGUAGUUCUAGCGACGUGCGCCAGUAUGCUCUUUAACAUGCUGCCAGUUAAUCUCUCCGACGUAAUCUCGGUCGCAGUCUUUGUUUUCUGCCGGUGUUACUUCUUCUUCUUCCUCGCUGCGUUCGCUCAAACUGUUCUACGUAUGAUGCAACGGCUUUCUGCAGCUUCAACACUUCCAACUGCUACGUGAAGGCAGAUUUUGGAAAGUUGAUUUUUGUUUUGUUUUCCUGUACAUAGCUUUCAGAAACAAAUGUACAUAAAACAUGGCUGUUAUUUUUUUAUUAUUUAAUGUCGGAAGUGUUGAGUACAUUCAAUAUUGUUCUAUGAUUGUAUGUUGACAAAUUGACAGUUUUGAAAGUUACAUUUUUUUGGAAUAAAAAUGAAUAUGUCUAUGAUACGUGGA